AUGAACCGCAUUGAAGAAGCGAUGGAAAUAUGUUUCUAUUCAGAGGAUGAUGCAUUAGCUUCUAAAGCAUUUCUCUUGUUUUCGAAAUUAGAUAUAGGUAUUAUCAAUCCAACAACAUUUAAUUACGCAUUAUUAUCCAAAGCAACAAAUAUAUUUAUCAAAAGUCCCGCUCCAGAUAAAGUUAUCAGUCGAUUGUCGUCUUUAAUUUUAUAUUCUAUCAGAAAUUUUCCAAAUGAUUGCCUUGAAACAUGCGGAAUCAUCAUACAACUCCUACAGUAUAUCUAUGUUGGUGGUUGUGCUGAAAUGUUUCAAUCAAUUUGCGAUUUCAAUUCUCCUUGCACUCAAAUACAAUCAUUUCUUGUUGAAGCUAGUCUAUCUGAGUGUGUAAAUAAAUCUCUGCAAACAGCAAGCAACAAAGAAUCGAUUUGUCAAUUAAUUCGAUUAAUACGAAUGAGCAGCGGAAAUAAUGUUCUCGCUCCUUCAUUUAAGAUACCAGAAAUUUGUCUUUCAGUUAUUACUUACAUUCAUGAAGAAGAUCAGUAUAUGCAAGCACAAAUCUGGCGUUGCUUAACAGGAUUGAUAUCAGAAACUACAUAUUCAACAUUAAGUUUUGUUUUAGAGCAAGCUUUCGAUAUAGUAGAACAAAUGCAGCAAAAAUUGAAUAUGUCAAACAUAUUCACGUUUGAUUUCGUUGGAAAAUAUAUUAAAUUCGAUACAUCUGUUGCACCAAUAUAUAAUGAUAAAAGAAUUUUUGAUUUUAGCAUAGUUUUAAUGGAGAAAUAUCAAGAUUGCACAAAUUUAAUUGUUUCUAUUUGUAGACUACUUAAAAACGCUCUUGAUAUUCCAGAAUUGCAUCCGAUCGUUAUAAGAUCAAUUGUUCCUUAUAUGAUUUUUGUCACGCAAACAGAAAAAAGAAAUGCGACAAUUGCUUUGUCAUAUUCUUUUCUCAGCGACUUAGUGACGAAAGCACAAACCCAAAGGGUCCUUAAGAAAGAACUAGAAGCAAUUCCAGAUUUUAAAGUUUUUUGCGAUAAAUAUUUAUUUCCGUAUAACGAGCUUUUGUAUGCAAAAUAUGGCGGAGGAUUUUCUAGAGUUAAUAGACGUAAAAGCUCAUCUUUGUUUGUUGACUAA